CUGCAAUAUAAAUACAUGAAUUCAUAACUUAAAAAGCUAAAGAAAAGGAGUGAAAUAAGCUAACAUUAUCUCCAAUAACUAAAGCCUAAAAUAUAGCAACUAACUAAUCAGAUUCUGCCAAAUACUGCAGCCUAAUUUAUCUGAACUUAAUCCUACUUUUAAGCUGUAUAUUGAUACAGCAGAAAGUGGAACUAAUCUCCAGGUUUUGAGGCGCCACUUUCAAUACUCUCACAGAAGCAAAGGGAAGCAAUAUAUACAAAUAUGGUGCUGCUGCUACUUCAUUCUAAUAAGAUGGAUCAGGCUAGAGAACUAGUUGGCGCUCUACCUGGGAUGUUCCCUGGUAGCUUGAUGCCUGUACUUCUUCAAGCUGGUGUACAUGUGAGAGAGAACAAGGCUGCUAAAGCUGAAGAAAUACUUGGACAGUAUGCAGAUAAGUUUCCUGACAGGUCCAAGGUUAUCCUGCUUGCAAGGGCUCAGGUUACUGCAGCUGCUGGCCAUCCACAGAUUGCAGCUGAUUCCUUGGCGAAAAUACCUGACAUUCAACACAAGCCUGCAACUGUUUCCACUAUUGUCUCUCUCAUGGAACGGGCUGGAGAUAUUGAUGGUGCCGAUGCUGUGUUUGAUUCCACAAUCAAGUGGUGGUCAAAUGCCAUGACUGAAGACAAUAAGCUCAAUACCAUCAUGCAGGAGGCUGCUGCUUUCAAGCUCAGGCAUGGAAGGAAAGAGGAGGCAGCACGCCUUUAUGGGCAGCUAGUGAAAAGCCAUGGAAGUAAGGUCCAAAUGCUGGUGCCACUGAAACAUACGGAGGGAAGAUUAAGGAUAAGGCGAAGAAAAAGAGGAAGAGAAAGCCAAAAUAUCCAAAGGGCUUUGACCCAGCUAAUCCAAGACCUCCACCCAAUCCAGAGAGGUGGCUUCCCAAGAGGGAGAGGUCUAGUUACAGACCAAAGAGAAAGGAUAAGAGAGCAGCUCAAAUUAGAGGUUCUCAAGGUGCAGUGGCUAAAGAGGCAGCGAGCAAUAGCGAUACGAAGUCAAACCAACCAGCUAAUCCAAAAGGAGCCUCUCAGAAUGCAGUGCAAUCGAAGGCUUCAUCCAAAUCUCAACUUUGAAAUUUGUUGCAAACAAAUUGACACGCCUAGUGGGACCAAAUCUGUCAUCCAUCUCUUCUCUCACAAAUCAAAUAUGCCACAAAACCUCAAAGGUGGAAGAAUGCAUACUUCAAGCUCCGUCUUUGAGUUUAUCAAGUCUACGCUCCGACAAGCCAUGAAGCAGGGGACAUUUGUAGACAUUGAAAUCUUGUGGGACUCUACAAGACGUGUCCAAUUUCAAUUUGGAUUCUACAAGAGAUGUUCAAUUCCAGUUAAGGUUCUUGGAGGCUAUCCACCCUAAAACCUAAUUCAUGACUAUAUAAAGGAUACUAUAUUCCUUGAAAAGAAAUCUCGAAAAUUCCAUAAAUUCAUGGGAUAUUCAUCAAGAGAUCAAGAUGUAGCCUCAUAUGUUCGAGAAAUAAGUCACUAACGACCCUCGAAUUAUGAAGAUCAAGUCAAAAUCAUAUUCUUAAGAGGGAGAAGAAUCAAGGAAGGAACGGAUUUGUACCUACACUGUUUAUCAAUAUUUUUUUUUUAUGUUUUUUCAUAUUUUAUUUGUGAUUACAAUUUGUUUUCUAUCACCUUUUUAA